AUGCCAGCAGACGACCUCAAGGCGCAUGCCGCCUCCAAUCAAGAUUUCUAUGCGCUGCUAGAUCUCUCCCCCGCAGCCAACGAGUCCGAGAUUCGGCGCGCCUACCGUCGCACCGCGCUGAAAUACCACCCCGACAAGAUCGCCAAUCCCACUGCCGCCGACAUCGACAAGUUCCACCUCCUUCAGAUCGCCAACGAUGUGCUCUCUGAUCCAGCGAUCCGGCAGCUCUAUGACAAUGCGCGCGAGGCGCGUAUGCGCAAGCAGCGCGAGCGGGACCAGAUGGGCGCCGCAAAGCGGAAGAUGCGCGAGGAUCUCGAAGCGCGGGAGCGUGCUGGUGCUGCGGCUCAACAAGGCGUCAAACGGCCGUGGAUUCCAGGUGGCGAAGAUGAUGCCGAGGCGAAGCUGCAGCGGGAAAUUGAGCGGAUUGCCGAGGAUGGGCGUCGCCGCCGCCGUGAGGCGACGGACAAGCUGAAGCGGGAAUUGGAGGAAGAACAAAGGAAGAUGCAAGAGGAAGAGGAGGAGGCUCGCAAAGCAGCGGACCGCAGUAGCCAGCGUGUUGACCGAUCUCAGGAGGGCGGCACGAAUGUCUCUGAGCUGGAGCGCUCGGUCAAGGUGCGCUGGGUGCGGGAGGGCCGUGGAGCGGAUUGGGAUACAGACUGGUUGAAGGCUCUGUGUGCGCCGUUUGGAGAGAUUGAGGGCACGUUCAUGCUGAAGGAUAAACGUGCGCGCGUGGAGGGAAAGAAAGGGAAGGUUACCUAUGGCACUGGCGUCGUGGUCUUCAAGUCGAUUGUCAGUACGCAGGCGGUUGUGUUGGACAGUGAGAAGAAGAUCCGAAGUGCAGAAGGUGACUGGGCUUUGGUGGAUUCGGUUGCAUAUGCAUCAGGCAAAGCACCGGAUCUUGGUUUCAGCACGAACGGUCAUUCUGAGGAGCCAACACCAUUGGCAGACUCCCAGACAUCAGCAUCCAGGCCCUCUGACAAUACGACUUCAAAGCCGUCCUUCAAAACGUCAUUCAAUUUCCCAGGAGUGAAGUCUGGAUCGCAACCUUCUGGAAAGGCGCCUUCGUUUGGUUCGUUUCCCUCUGCUGCCGGAAAUCCUCCAAAUGCAUCGUCUUUCAAUCCUCCAGCAAAGACGUCAACGCCCAGUCUUCAAGAGAUUACUAUGAUGCGGCUUAAGAACGCACAGCGUGAAAAGGAGCGCAAAGCUCUCGAAGAACAGCUUGCCCGAGAAGACGAGGCCGCCGAUGCUGCAGAAGCUGCAGCGGCAAGGGCAAAGGCCAAUGGAGCGUGA